UUUUUUUAGUCUAACUUGUCUUAAAAUGUUGUCAUUUCGUGACCUUUUAUGCCUCGUUAAAUAUACAAAGGAUUUUGAAAAGUUUUGCUACUAGUUCUACGUGGGUGUUUGGACGGUGUGUGCAAAUUUUGCUGCGCUUCACUAACCUGCUUCGCGCAAAAGUUAGCGGUUAGAGAUUUUCAGCGGACUGUUAAGUUUUAACACCAGGUUGCUGUCUGUCACAUAAACAGCUUGCAGAGCGCACCUCAUUUAGCCCAGCUAGGCAAAGAACAGAACCUGUUCUUUGCGUUUACAGUCUUAGCCAACUACGACGCCGGAGAAAAUGUUGAGUGCAAAGGAGAAUCAGAAGGGAAGAACCUUAAAGCAUGGCUACCUACUAAAGCAAAGCGAAGUUCUGAAACAGUGGCAUCUGCGCUAUUUUGUCCUCAGCAAAGAAUGUUUGUGUUACUAUCGAACAGAGAAGGAAUCCUUGGAAAGCGCGCCUAAGGAAGUCAUAUACUUCAAUGACAUGUCGUUGUACAUAGAUGAGUUACCAGACAAGCAAACUAAGUACUGCUUGAAGCUUGUGAAACGAUCAUUAUCGUCCAAGAUCACAACGCGGACAUUUUUCUUGUGUUGUUUCUCAGAGCAUGAAAGAAACGAAUGGUUGUCACAGAUUCUCCAAGCGAAAGCGAUCGCGUUGGUGGUCAACCCAGGUACGUGGAUGAGGAACCAGGAAGCUUCGGCAAAAGAUGUGGACUUUAAGCUUGUUAAUUCUGGUAGCAGUGUCAGGCUUACUUCCGCCAAGGAAAUCUUUCAAAAAUGCCGCCGUAAGAUCUCGUCUGGUGGCCAUGGAAGUACGAGGGAUUCUACAAACUCGCUAUUCCUUGACGAUUUUAACGUAAACAAAAGACGCAAGUCUACAUCUUGCUUGAGUCAAGAAUGGCGGAAUACACUGAUGGCGAUUUAAACGUACCGAGUACGAGCAACGACAAUUUUGAGAUGGAGCGAAGGGGAUUUGAGAAGAAUCAAAAACAGGGAACAUAGGCACAAUACAUUAUUUAUUGUAUAAACAGCGACUUUUUUGCGCAGUUUUCUUUGGUUGUAUAAGUUGAUUAGCCAAGACUUCAGGCUAUGAAUGACUGAAUCAUAUCGGUUUAUACGGUCACAGAAAUACCCUGUUUCAGUGGCCAAUCGUCUUAAUUAAAAGUUUCCAGGCGCUUUCAAUUUUCUGGGCUUUUACCAAGACACUGAGGAAAUCUAAUCUUAUAUAAACAUGCAAAGCGAUACUGCCGAUACAGCAACUGAAUCGAUUGAUAAGUUAUGGUCAUCAAAUAUCAUGUAUGAAAUUCUCUUAACUAUUGUAAGAAAUGUAUCGAAAACCGUUAAGGAGAAUUUGUAUGUACAGUUCUACGCUCUGUAUUCAGCAUUUGCAAUUUAAGGAUGUUUACCACUGUUUUCAUGUAUACAUAUGUUCAAUCGUUACUUCUGGUAAAGCCAGUAAGCAUGCAGCAAAAAAUUAUUUACAUUUGGACAAAUUUCUCUUUUGAUAAUAAGCAUUCUUUUGAUUUUGUACAAUCCGAAUAAAACGAAUCCUUUUGUACCGAC